AUGACUACUUCUCUAAACACCCAACAAUUCCUCUCCGAGCUCUCCAUAACCCAACUCCUGCACUCAUCAGACAGCUCAAAGAUCUUCCCCAUCAACCAUGAAAGUGCCAAAUACUGCCUGAAAGUAUUCCACGUCAACAAGGACCCCGGUUUUACCUCCAAAGGCCGCGAUCUCUGCCGCUGGCGCUGUGAGAUCGAGGCCUACAAGCUGCUCUCAGCAGCAGGGGCAUGCGAGCAGGGCUUCGUACCUAAGCUCCACGCGGUGUUUGAAGAUAUCGAUCCGCUCACACCGACACUGGUACCGCAUUUGAACGCUUUCCUCGACGAUGUCCACCGUCCCUGCGCGGGUUUUACUCCAAAUUACACACGGGAUAGGAUCCAAAAGGCCAUCCUGGGUAUCAAAGCCGUACACCACGUGCGGGUUGUGCAUAAUGACCCGUACCGGAAGAAUGUGUUGAUUGUUCCGGGGGUGGAGGGUAAAGGAGGUGAUGAGCGGGUUGUGUGGGUUGAUUUUGAUAUUGCGCAAAUCUUAGAUGAAACUGGUCAACAACUGAAUACCUGA